AUGUCUCGCUGCCGUUGCUACAUCGUCCCUCCACAUCUUCUCAGGGGCAUUGCUGAUUCCGCCAGCAAUCCCGAUCACAUUCGCCAUGCCGCUGCGCACUCACUCGCCUCUAGAGAGCGCGUUACAACUGCCCGAAAGGAACUCUUCACCCAUCUCACCACCCCUCGUGGAUACUUUUACACUUCCAAGGCCCCAGAUCGGCGUCGAAUUGUGCCCGACGCGCUGCUACGACAUGUCGCCGACUCAGACAAGGCGGAUGAAACCACCCGUUCUCGAGCUCGCCGCGACCUUGAGCACCUCCAGCAAGUUCUUGGCCGCGUGAGGAUCUCCCAAGCAGGUCUAGGUUGUUUGAACUCCUUCGUGAUUGCUGAAGAUGAUGAGCGUCCUGCUAACUCGUCCUCGGCCGCUGCAGCAACCGAGCAGAAACCUGCCUCCAACGGCGACGAAGGCAAGGGUAAAGAUCCCAAAGAAAGCUACUACCGAGCGGUCCACGAUGCCAAGCACAACUUUGACGAGAACGAGCUUCCUGGACAACUUAUCCGAUCCGAGGGCGAGCCCGAUGUCAAGGAUAAAGCAGUAAACCAAGUAUUCGGCAACAUUGGAGUGGUCUUCGAUUUUUACAAGGAGCACUUCAACUGGCAUUCCAUUGACAACAAGAACAUGGAUGUCAUUAGCACCGUUCAUUUCGGUGAAAAUUAUGAAAACGCCUUCUGGGAUCCAGAGAAGGUACAAAUGGUCUUCGGUGAUGGUGGAGAGUUUUUAAACAACUUCACUUCAUGCAUCGACGUCAUUGGGCACGAACUCACCCACGCAGUCACGGAACACACGAGCCCUCUUGACUACUUUGGCAUGCCGGGCGCUCUGAAUGAGCACAUCUCCGAUGUCGUAGGAAUCAUGGUCAAACAACAGGUCCAAAACGAAAACGCCAAGAACGCAGACUGGCUCAUUGGCGAGGACUGCAUCUUGCCAGGCGUCAAGGGUACAGCUCUGCGAAGCAUGAAGGCGCCUGGAAGCGCCUAUGACGACCCAAAACUUGGCAAAGACCCUCAGGUAGACCACAUGGAUCAGUACAAGACCAUGUACGAGGACAAUGGCGGCGUCCACAUCUAUUCUGGGAUUCCGAACAAAGCCUUUUAUCUCGCCUCGGUUGCGUUUGACGGGUAUUCCUGGGAGAAAGCUGGGCAGAUCUGGUGGAAGACCAUGACCAGUGGCAAGAUUCCACCCAAAUGCAGUUUCAAGCAGUUUGCUACUGUCACCAUCGAGGUAGCAGAGGAGGCGUUCGGUAAGCCUGCUGCCGAUAAAGUGAGAAACGCUUGGUUGGAGGUCGGCGUUGGUGGCAGUGACGGUGGCGACAGCAAGAAUGCUCCCAAAUCGAGCAGUUGGUGCAAUGCACUCUGA